CGCUCAAAAAACAUUCACGGAAAGACCCGACUUCCAUGCUAGAGACUGCUCACUAUUUCCAUGCGAAGACCCGACUUCCACGUGGCAGAGCAAGCUAGGACUUCCACGUGGCAGAGGAUUCCACAUGGAAGAGCAAUAUCGGACAGGGCCCACCACGUGGCAGUCAUUUACAAACUCCGCUCACAAUUUUCAUGCGACCCUUCAAGUGGACACGGGCAGAGCCAAAAUUGAGCUUCCACGUGGCAGAGGAAGAAGACGACGACUUCCACGUGGGAGAGCAAGAUCGGACUUCACCACGUGGGAGAGCAAGAUCGGACUUCACCACGUGGGAGAACAAGAUCGGACUUCCUCGUCGCAGAACUAGAGCAGAGCAGACUCCCACGUGGCAGAGAAAAACCAGACUGCCAGUCGAAGAGAACAGGGCAAAGCAAAACGGACCUGCCACGUGGCAGUACCUCACAGAUCGACACAACUUCCAUGUGACGUGUCAGAGCGUACGAACCAAGCGAUUGAGCAUCGAGAGGAACGGCGGCGGGGAGUUAAAGAGGUUGUGGGAAAUGGCAGGAAUGGCGGGAAAGACGGAGUGGGAGGAAUGGCGGGAAAGACGUAGCGGGAGGAAUGGCGGGAAAGACGGAGUGGGAGGAAAGGCGGGAAAGACGGAGCUGGACAUGGAAGGGGACGAGGACGUGAUGCAAUUUUGAUGGUUGACGUAAGGAGACGACGGCAGCGUGAACUUAUCUAGCGGACUCUAUUUUCUUUUAAUUUUUUCCUCCAAAUUCAUUUUCCCCUGAUGAAAAGACUUUUACGAAAUCUCAAAAAAAUUAACCUUAAAAAAACGAUUCAUUCUUGCGUGUAAGCUGUUGCUGCUCAUAGUACACACCCCAGAAAACCAUCUCCUUCCUUCUCUCUUUUUCCCAAAGUACUUUUCUUAGGAAGACAUCUCCUCCUCGCCCCAUCCCACUGAACCGUUCAGAUCAUAUCCACUGGCGAGUCCCUGCCUCCUCUACCUCCAUUUGUUUCCUCUCUCUCUCUCUCUCUCUCUGUGUGUGUGUGUGUGUGUGUGUGUGUGUGUGUGUGUCUUGAGAUCUCUACUCCACUGACAGCCUCAACCCUGAGAGGCCUUCUGGUGCACGUAGGUGAGCCCGCACUUGCCGCAGGAGUGUCGAUCGAUGUGAUUGGCCAUGAAAUCUCUCUCUCUCUCUCUCUCUCUCUCUCUCUCUCUCUCUCUCUCUCUCUCUCUCUCUCUCUCUCUCUCUCUCUCUCUCUCUCUUUUGAUCUUGAUCUUCACUCCCCUGACAGCAUAAAUCCUGAGCGGCCUUCUGGUGCACGUAGGUGAGCCCGCACUUGCCGCAGGAGUGUCGAUCGAAAUGAUUGGCCAUGAAAUCUCUCUCUUCUCUCUCUCUCUCUCACUUGCCGCAGUAGUGUCGAUCGAAAUGAUCGGCCAUGAAAUCUCUCUCUCUCUCUCUCUCUCUCUCUCUCUCUCUCUCUCUCUCUCUCUCUCUCUCUCUCCAAAAGCCAAAAAGCCUACCGGACGU